UAUAUUAAAUUGAGAAUUGGAUAUUCCUGAUUUUUGUUUUUUGUUUUGCCUAUUUUUCCUUUUUAGCCUGUAUUGUGCUUUCACUACAAAAGAGAUAAGACAAUACAAUGCAUUCGAAGGACAUAUUACUACAAAAAUGUGGUCAUGUGCCCACGAGACAUGCCUCUUUGCUAUGUUUUGAAUGUUAGUUGAUCUUAGGAGUUUUCAAGAAACACCAAGACAGCUGUAGCAAAUACACACUAAAUUAUCCAGUUGACAGCCCGCAAAAAAAAAAAUUAUCAAGUUGAGCAAACACGCCGGCCAUCUGCUAGUUAUAUAUACAUAUGAGGCCGGCCAUAGCUGUAGGCUUGUAGCUAGCAUAUCCCAUUGUACUGAUCAUUACAAUGGCAAUAUCGUUCUUGCCAGAGCUGCCCGUCUACACAUUACUUGUGCUCCUUGCUCUUCCACUGUACUACUUGUACUUCGGGGCUAGUUCUAGAUGGAAGAACCCAGUAGCGCUCCCCAGAAACUGGCCAAUACUGCAUAUGUUCCCUUCCUUUGUGGCCAACAUCCACAACUUGCAUGACUAUUACACCCGGAUCCUGGCCCGAUCAGGCCACAACUUCAGGGCGCACGGCCCACCCGGCUCGGGGAUUCGGUUAUUCGUCACAUGCGACCCUGCCAAUGUCCGACACAUCUUCACGACCAACUACACCAACUUCCCCAAGGGCGCGGAGUUUGCCGCUAUAUUCGAUAUCAUGGGUGGCACCCUGUUCACCAUCGAUGGUGAGCCUUGCCGUCGGCAGCGCGCGAAAGUCAAGGCCGUGCUCAGCAGCCCGCCGAUAGUUGCCAGGUUUGCAGCUUGCUGCCGUGACAAGUUGGAGACCAGCCUUCUCCCAAUAUUUAGCCACAUGGCGAGCACCGGCACUCCGUUCAACAUGCAAGAAAUGAUGUCAAGGUGUAUGUUUGACCUGGCUGCUACACCUCUAUUCGGCGUGGAUCCUGGCCUCCUAUCAUUGGACAUGCCGUCCAUGGAUGCCGCGCUCGCCAUGGAUACAGUCAUGGAGGUGGGCCAUUACCGGCACGUGAUGCCGACAUAUUGCUGGAAGUUGAUGAGAUGGCUAAACAUUGGGACUGAGAGAAAGCUCGGCAUUGCGCACAUGGUGCUACGGGGGUUCAUUUUGGAUAUGAUGGAGAGGAGGACGACCGACAGAUGUAAUGCUUGUAGUGACGAGGAGCAAGAUGGUGUGGAUAUUGUGUCUUCGUUCGUGAAUGAUCCUGACUAUGCUGAUUUUGGCUUGUUCCGCGCUGCGAUGAUUAGUCUCAUGCUCGGUGCGAGGGACACAAUUUCCACGACCCUGACAUGGACCUUCUACAACCUUGCCCAGAACUCUAAUAUCGUGACAAUCAUUCGCAAUGAACUCUCACCAAUUGCGUCACGCAAAAUGGCAUCUGGUCUGGGUGCCAUGCUGAUCUUUGAGCCGGACGAGACCAAAUCCCUACUCUAUCUAGCUGCCGCCUUGUAUGAGACUCUCCGGCUGUACCCACCGGCGCCUGUUGAGCGCAAGACGGCAGCCGCCAAUGAUUUCAUGCCAAGUGGCCACGAGGUGCAUGCUGGCGACACUAUCUUUAUUUGUCUCCAUUCAAUGGGGAGAAUGGAGACUUUGUGGGGUAAAGACUGCCUUGACUAUAACCCAGCCAGGUGGCUCUCAGAGGAUGGCAACAGUCUGAUCUAUGCACCAUCUCACAAGUUCUUAGCCUUUAAUUCGGGCCCAAGGAUGUGCCUUGGAAAGGACAUCGCCAUGAUGCAGAUGAAGAUCAUCAUCGCCACAGUGGUGUGGAACUUUGAUGUGCAGAUGGUGGAAGGGCAGAGCAUCGAGCCCAAGCGAUCUUGCUUACUGGAGAUGAAAAAUGGGCUCAUAGUUAAGAUCACGAAGCGACAAAUGUAACAUUACUCUCUUUAUCUGUGAAUCUACAUACAGACCACAUUAUUAUCCCCACAGAACCACAUUAUUAUCGAAAUAAAGGCAUCACUUCAUCAAAAUUUAUCUUUUUUAAAUGGAAAA